CCAUUAUACGACAAAUAUGCUGAACGAAAAGAAUAGGCGGGAGAGUAAUGCAUUGUUGCGUCACGCGGUUACAUUGCCAGGCAACAGGAUUGCAAUCCGUUGAGAUAGGCUUCUGUUACGGUCUUUUCCGUCUUUUCGUCAUUUGCUUAUGGUCACUUGUGGUAGUGAGGUUCGCGAGGUGGAAGAGAAGUAAAAUAAAACCUUUAAUUUAGAAGGCAGAUAUUUUGUGUUUGUGACUGUAGUAUUGGAGAAAGUAUGGCAGAUUUUUUCCGAGAUUAUGUAAAUUUUACUAUAACGAAGUCAGGCCAGAAAGAUGCGUGUGUUGAAAGACGUUUUCCGACAGAUAUUACAGUUGCCUGUUUGAAGGGGAAAUUGGAACUGAUUACUGGUGGAAGUGCAUCAACGAUGAAGAUUGAACUAUACACGAAAGAUGAUGAAUUUAUUGGGACGUGUGAUAAUGAUGAAGCUUUACUUGGCUAUUACGUAACGAAUGAUGGUAAAAUGCGUCUUCAUGUAGUGGAUGCAUUUUUACAGAGAAAAGAAUUUGAAGAUCUUUCAAAAGUAGAAAAGUUUGAAUUGUCAUUAGAAGAAUAUUCAAAACGACCAGGUACAGUGAAGUCAUUUCUUGAACGUAACAAAUUAGGCAAAUACAGUCCUGAAGAAAUGAAGCAGAGAGAAGAGAAAAAGAGAAAAGAAGAGGACGCUAAUGAAAUAGCUGCAAAGGCUAUUAAAGUGGGUGAACGCUGUGAAGUGAGAGUACCAGGUCAGCCAGUCAGAAGAGCUACUGUCAUGUUCAUAGGUAAAGUUCAUUUCCAACAGGGUUUGUGGACUGGUAUCAAAUAUGAUGAACCUCUGGGGAAAAAUGAUGGCACGGUGGAUGGAAAAAGGUACUUUGAAUGUAGUCCAAAGUAUGGUGGAUUUGUGAAGCCAAUCCAUGUUACGGUUGGUGAUUUUCCUGAAGAAACAUUGGAUACUGAUGAUGAAAUCUGAAGCCAUAGUAAGAGAGAUGCAAACUGAAGAUUGUUUCAGUUCAUUGUGUUCAGCUGGAAAACUUGUUUGGUUGGUUGGUUUUGAUACAAGUUUAUAUCUUUUGUACAUUCCUUUCCUAAUUGCUUGUCUGACGUUUAGGUUUAAUUAUCAGCUAUUUUUUUUAAUAAAUUUGCAAAUAGUAUA